ACAUGGGAAUACAGAGUACAAGUAAGCUACGUUACCUCGAAUUUGGAAUGUAUAGUAGGCUACUUGGGUAAGGUUAAAUGUACAUAGUUACUCGCCACCUCCUCAUAUUUGUCUCAACGUUCUAUUGAUUAAAUUUGGUUUUGAACCAAAACAGCAGGUGUAUCCUGGUGAUGACUUACACAAUAUACAUGUAGCUAGGCCUUUGCGUUAGUUUCUGUGGUUAGUUCAGUCAUAAAGGUCCACUUAAUCAAGUGUUUCGAUAGCUAUAGCUAAUUGCAUGUUGUUUAGUUUUAGUUAAACUGCACGGACAUGGGGGAAAGUCAAGAGGAUCCGACUAACAUCAGAAACGGUUGCAGUAGGAAGAGCUGCUGGAAAUACAUCGUCCACAAUGUAUUGCUGUUUUCAAGUCUGGCAGCUGUUACCUUGGGGAUUGCACUUGGCAUGUUUAUCAAGACCUUCCAUCUUUCAGAAGUUGACAAACUGUACAUUGCCUUUCCAGGAGAAUUACUCACGCGUAUGCUUCAGUUAAUGACUAUUCCUCUAAUUGUGACAAACUGUGUGAUGAUGGGAGUUUCUGGUUUGAGUGCUGACACCUCCAGAAAAAUAGUUGUGCGUGCAACAGUGUACUUUGUCUCAACGUCUCUUCUAUCUGUGACUAUAGGAUUAAUACUGGUACUGCUGGUCAAACCUGGGGCACCUUAUAUUUUUCCCCAUCAUGAACCAGAAGAUGAAGAAAGGUUAUCCAUAAUCUUUGACUUGCUAGAUCUAGUGAGAAACAUGAUGCCAAAGAAUCUGAUUCAGGCUGGCUCCCAACAGUACAAGACUAGUGUUCUGGAGUUUGAAGAUCUUGAAAAUCUUGAUACAAAUUCUAGCCUGACAACGAAAGCCACUCAAACGCAAGUUGUGGGUCGCUAUGUCGAUGGAGCCAACACACUGGACCUGAUUGUGUGCUCCUAUGUUUUUGGACUGACCCUCAAGAAGAUGGGAGAAAGAGGCAAAAUUCUGCUGAACAUCUUUAGGAUCCUCAAUGAGACCACAAAAUAUGUGGUUAAGUUGAUUUUGUGGUACUUGCCAUUAGGAGUUCUGUUCAUGACCGCAAGCCAUGUUGUUGACGCUCAAAACUGGAAUAUUAUCUUCAAACUAGGAAAGUUCAUGGCUGUGGUUGUUAUUGGGCUCCUAAUACAUGGAUUAAUAGUUCUACCAAUGCUCUGUCUUCUGGGUGCGAGACGCAACCCCUGGUUAGUCUUUAAGGUUUUGUUUCCUGCCUUAAAGACUGCAGCGUUCACGGCGUCCAGAGACCGCUGCAACACUGUUGUUAAUGUUUUGGGAGACUGUGUUGGCGUGGCAAUGGUCAACCAACUGUCCUUAAAGGAACUGAGCGAAAUGGAGGAGGAACAAAAUCAGGGCAGGACAAGGUUGGCUAAUGAUGCUGGGGAUGAGCACUACCAUUCCAGCAGCUCUUUGGACUCCUUCCAUUCAGUGGAAGAAACAUUUACAGUCUAAGACUAUA